UCAAGUGGUGCAGAUGGUCAAAGGAAAGCUGGAGGAGCUGUUGAAAGACUUUGAUCAGCCAGCUCUCAUUGAGUUGGACUCCGUCAAACCCUCGGAUGAGCCAGAAAAGCUGGAGAUUGUGUUUCAGUCUUUUGAUGCCUCUGAAGCAGAGAGACGCGUCCUUCUGCCCGUUAGUGACCAGCUGAGUUAUAUCGACUCCCUGAAAGUCCCCAACAUCGCAGUGAAGAACGGAAUCAUUUACUGGGAUGAUCCAGAUCCAUGUGUGGGCUCCAAGCAACCUUUGUGUCCUCAUAAUUCUCGGUGCAUCAACACGCUGGGCGGGUACUCGUGUGUGUGCCGGCAAGGUUACUAUGACGUCAGCUCUGUCUUAGCUCCUCCCACAGCUUCACGCCCAGUCUGCAAAGAGAGCGGUUUUUUCAGCCAGUGUCUGGAUAAAGUGAUGACUGGUGGAGUAGCGAAGGAUUACCUGACAUCUAAAUUCGGGGGAAAGGUGGAGGUGAAGCUGAAUGAUGGCCGCUGCACCGUGAAUGAAAGUGAGCAGGUGUACCACUUCAGCACCCCACGGAAACUGUCAAAGUGUGGAACAGAGAAGCAGGUCAAUAAAACCCACAUCAUAUUCCAAAACACUCUGACUAUUAGUCUGACUAAAGAGCAAACAAUCAGCCGGAGGGAUUUGAAAGUGGUCUGGAAGUGCGCCUACCUACGACAUUAUGCUCCCAAAUCUCAAGUGAUUCCUGACAAUUGGCUCUCCUCAAUUUCCCUGGUGGAGGUCAACUCAUCCCUGCUUCUGGGUCUGACUAUGACUUUAUACCAGGAUGAAUCUUACACAAACAGUUUCAAGGACACGGUUCACUUGGGAUAUGAGGAAACCCUGUUCUUCCAAGUAGUCUUGCAGACCAACAGCUCAUUUGCCUCCGACGUGCUGCUGCAAGUGGAGUCCUGCUGGGCCACGGAGAGCCCAAACCCACAAGACGCCAUCCAGGCCAUUUUUCUGGAUGAGGGGUGUCCCAUAGACGACACAUUCCUCUGGCUCUCCGUUAACGGCCGGGCUCAGAUAAGCAGCUUUUCCAUUCAGAUGUUCUCCAUGCCCAAAGGCCUACCCAUCUACUUCCACUGCCUGGCCAACAUAUGUGGACAUGACGAAGACUGCACACAGGACUGCACCAGUGAGCAGCGCUUCAAAAGAUCUUUAAGCCAGAUGGACCAAAAGGGAAGACCAGCAGCUGUUGUGUCUGCUGGACCACUUAUAGUCAACAUGAGAGGGAAGUUGGUCCAGCCAUCUAGAUGGCCAGAGCACACGACCAUGAUCUUCAUUGUGACAGCAUCAAUAAGCUUUUUAGGAGUGACUGUGCUCUCGCUGAGUGCAAUCAAAGCAGUCAUGAUGUACUAUGAACAGCUACGGCUGCAAUAAAUUGUUUUGAAAGAG